GCGCAGAAAUCAAUGCUACUGAAGAUGUUCAAAGCAUGCGCCAGGAAGAUCGCGGAUCACGGUCUGUAUUACGCGUGAAGAAAUAAAUACGGUGCUGAUCAGGUGCGAUUAAACUGGUCGUUGAUUAGUGCAAGAUACUUGUACCCGGUGAAAUUCAGUGGUAAUCAGCAUAUGGUGAACCGGUCUCGUUGGUGAACGAUGGAUCCAUAAAAAAACUAGUUAGCUAGUUCGACGUUCUAUCUGGACCGUCAUCACCGACAGCUCUUCGGCGAAACAUGGAUGAGAAUUUAAGCCGGGGCUACGUGCAAUUAGGAAAAGCGAGAGGCAUGAACGAGUUCAAAUUCUCGAACGGCUUCACGCAUCUGUCGCCGCCGGUGGACAAACGGAACUUCGUAUAUUUCGCCCUGAUACUUUGCGGCAUCGGGUUCCUCUUGCCAUACAACAGCUUUAUCAUAGCUGUGGAUUAUUUCCAAACGAGAUAUCCUGGUACCACGGUGAUUUUUGAUAUGUCUCUCGUCUAUAUUAUCAUGGCAUUUUUCGCGGUAUUUGCGAAUAACAUUCUAGUGGAAACACUUUCCUUAAAUACGAGAAUAACAUUCGGAUAUCUGGUAUCUUUUAUUACUUUGAAUUUUGUUAUGAUAUGCGAGAUCUGGUGGGAACUAUUUGCUGUCACUACUUCUUAUAAAAUUAAUUUAGUUGCUGUCGCAAUAGUAUCACUCGGAUGCACAGUCCAACAAUCGAGCUUUUACGGAUACACGUCCAUGCUACCGAGCCGAUAUACUCAAGCAGUAAUGACGGGAGAAAGUAUUGCUGGUCUUUGGGUAUCCUCUGAUCGCAUUAUUACAAAGCUAUUGUUUGACGAUGUACGUAGCAAUACAUCUAUGUUUUUCAUUUUAUUGAAUACAUCGAUCUUGAUGUGUUUUGUAUUACAUCAAGUGGUUCGCAAGACUGACUUUGUGCAAUUCUAUAUAACACUAUGUCAGGAAAGGAACCGAAUAACGUUGGAACCAACUGAAGAUGUUGGUCUGAUGGACCCCUUGGAGCAAGUUGGAGAUUCUGCAAAGGGUCAGUAUGGAGUUUUGAAACUUCAGACCAGCCCUUUAGGGACUGAGUCCACAAGUGGGAAUACUGACUUGAACGGAAUUAAUCAAUAUUCAGCAUUUUCGUUCAGUAAUCCUGUGUAUGAACCUAGUGCACCAUCUGGAAAUCCUCCUGGUAGUGCUGGUCCUACUUAUAAAGUUGAGGAUGUUGUUAUUAUGAGGGGAACUUAUGGAAGUCAAACCAGUAAACCAUGGCCCGAAAUUAAAAGAGGUUUACUUGCAAGAAUUGAAGUGGCUAAGAUCAUAUUGCCAUACAUGGCGAGUAUCGGCGUUGCAUAUUUUGUCACGCUUUGUCUCUAUCCUGGUAUCAUGUCAGAAAUAAUUUCUUGUAAACUUGAAUCAUGGAUGCCAGUAAUCCUAAUGACUGCAUUUAACGCUUCUGAUGUAUUAGGCAAGCUCCUUGCAUUGAUACCCUAUGAGUGGAAACGUACACAGUUAUUGUAUUUUUCAUGUGGCCGAGUUAUAUUGAUACCUUUAUUCUUAUUAUGCGCAUUACCAAGAGUUGCACCAAUCCUCAGUGGUAUAGAGUAUCCAUUACUGUUUUCUUGUUUACUUGGUGUAACAAAUGGUAUUGUGGGUUCGGUACCAAUGAUGCAAGCACCUACUAAAGUUCCAGAAGGACAUCGUGAAUUAGCAGGGAAUAUCAUGACUUUAUCAUACACUAUGGGUCUAACAGUUGGUUCAUUAUUGGCAUACAUGAUGGAGACAUGCUUCGGAUUACCAGUACAAGCUAAAGAUGUGUGUCACAAGGUAAUAGAACACACAACAACACCUUUGAAUAAUAUAACAACAAGUACUUUGAUAAAUACUGUGUCUUCCACUUUACCUACAAUAGAAAAUGUUACACCAAAAGUAAAAACUACUGUUAGCGUUUUGACAACUCUUUUAACAUCUACUUUAAUGUCUAACACUACUAUUAGUACUCUAACAACUGGUAUUAUGGAAGUAUCGACAACAGUAUCCCCAAAAAUGUUAAUUAACGUUACUACUUCAGUUAAUAAUGCAAUUUUGCAACACUAGGACACGCAUGUUUGUGUGUUGUGUUGAAUCUGGUGCUUCUUAUGAAAAAAAUUAGCAUCCAGACGUAUACGUAUAAGAUAUUUUCUGCGUUAACUAACCAUCCCUUGCAUCUUCUGUUAUUUAAUGUGCAACAUCCCUACAAGAAACAUUGUUAAGUUUGAAUGUGUUAGAAUAUUUGGAACCUUUUGAAACUUAGAGGAAGUUGUAAAGUAUCGCCAGAUUGAACACACACACAACAAUUGAAAUUUUUUUAUCACUGUCAUUCCAUGAAUUGUAGCAAUUACUUUACUUCACUAUUUAAAUAACAUGUUAACCGAUGAGGAAAAGAUAUUUUUAAAUGAAUAAUGAAUAAGUCAAUAAAAAAAAGGAGAAUGAAUUAUCAUUGAAUUAAGCUAAACAACAAAUUUUCAUUGUUUCAUUAACACAAACACACCUGUCAAAUGAAAUGCUUCUAAAUUUUAUAAUAUCGAAAAAUAUGCGCCAAACACUCUUUGAACUUCUGGUUACUCUAAUUUGUUUUUUUUAAACGGUAUUGCGCUUUUGAUACCAUUGCAAAUUAUUUUAUUGUCUACUGCUUAUUAGAUACUAUCGUUGAAAAUGAGAAAAUUUCAAAUGUACAUGUAUAUGAAUUUGUUGCAUGUGAAUAAGAGAAUGAAUGUUUAUUAAUCCUUAAAUAAUACAAUGAUCAAUCAUUAUAAACACGAGAGAAAUCAUUUUAUUAAAUUCUGGUCAAUGUAUGAAUUUAUAUUAUUGAAUGUAAUAUCUAUUCCUGUUUUGGUCUAAUUAAUUCAAAAAUAACAAUGAAAUUAAAUGGAUGUUAGAAUCACAACAAAUAUUAUUUAAGGAUUAACUAAAUUUGUUAGGGCAUGGUAAAUAUGUUAUUCAUUAAAGUUGUUUAAGUUAUAUUUUCGUAGAACUAUUUGGGACGAUAAUAAUAAUUAAGUAUGGGAUGACAGUUCUUCUUGGAAAUUCGAACAUGCGAUGAAAUUGUUAGGUCAGUGGUUGAGAAAUAGUAACUUUACACGAAGAAGUUAUUAUGCGAGUAUAUUCUGUACGAAAUUGUUACAUUCUCGCGUGAAUAGUUAAUAUAUAAUUGUAAGAUACGUAUACUUCCGUAUAAGAUGAGAAAAAAGAAAAUGCAUUUGUCCCUUUUGAGCGCGUAGUUUUACCUACGUUACAUGCCCAAACAUAUCCACGGUUGUGUGGGAGGUAAUAAUCAAAUCUUCAAUCUUUAUAGCAUUGAAAAUUAUGAAACAAACGCGUCUGUUUUAAAAUCACAUUGACGCGAUGUAAUAGAAUUUAAACGAGUAAUUAAAAAAAGGUAGAUUCUUUAAUUCUUUGUUUUUAAACAAAUCAUAUAAUGAAGCUCAUCCAAGCUAGUGAAUUAAAUGGACUUAAAUAACCGAUGAAUCGUACGUGUGCGAAUACGUUAACUCGGAAACCUUUUUAUGAGCGUUCCGAUGGAUUAUUUCAACUAUAAAAUUGUAUUACAUUAAUGGAUAAAUGUAUAUGCAUAAUAUUCACCAAUGUACCACCCAUUCAAACUGCUUACAGAUAUAUUUCUUACAUUUAAAGCAAAUCUAGAUAUCAUUUAGACGAGGCACACAAGAACUGCAUAGAUUUUCUUGUCCAUACAUACACAUGCAAAUUAUUCAUAUCAAUUUUUAACUAUAUUACCAACGACAUCACGGUUCUUAUUUAAUC